UCCCACAAUGCAGCGCAUGGCGCGUCAUUGAAGAGAGACCAUGAUGGCGGCGGUUGGUGCACCAGAAGUGAUUUCACAGCUGGAAAGCGCUGCCAAAGUUUUAAUGGCCCCGCCAUCCAUGGUCAGCACGGAGCAGAGGCAGCAUGCGGAGCACAUAUUUCUGUCCUUCAGGAAGUCCAAAUCACCCUUUGCCGUAUGCAAGCACAUCCUGGAGACCAGUAAGGUGGACUACGUGCUGUUCCAGGCAGCCACGGCCGUCAUGGAGGCGGUGGUGCGUGAGUGGGUCCUGCUGGAGAAGAGCAGCAUCGAGUCUCUGCGCACAUUCCUGCUCACCUACGUCUUACAGAGGCCCAAUCUGCAGAAGUAUGUUCGUGAGCAGAUCCUCCUGGCAGUGGCAGUUAUUGUGAAGCGUGGCUCCCUGGACAAGUCCAUCGACUGCAAGAGCAUCUUUCACGAAGUCAGCCAGCUCAUCAGCAGUGGCAACCCGACAGUGCAGACGCUGGCCUGCUCCAUCCUGACGGCCCUGCUGAGCGAGUUCUCCAGCUCCAGUAAGACCAGCAACAUCGGGCUGAGCAUGGAGUUCCACGGCAGCUGCAAGCGGCUCUUCCAGGAGGAGGCCCUCCGGCAGAUCUUCGUGCUGACCAUGGAGGUGCUGCAGGAGUUCAGCCGCCGGGAGAACCUCAGCGCCCAGAUGUCCUCCGUCUUCCAGCGCUACCUGGCCCUCGCCAACCAGGUGCUCAGCUGGAACUUCCUGCCGCCCAAUCUAGGCCGGCACUACAUCGCCAUGUUCGAGUCCACCCACAACGUGUCACUCAAGCCCACCGAGACCUGGAGGGAGGCGCUGCUGGACACCAGGGUCAUGGACCUCUUCUUUACAGUGCACAGGAAGAUCCGGGAGGACUCGGACAUGGCUCAGGACUCCCUGCAGUGCCUGGCCCAGCUGGCUUCCAUGCACGGCCCCAUCUUCCCGGACGAGAGCGCCCGCGUCUCCUACCUCGCACACCUGGUGGAGGGGCUGCUGAGCAUGAUCAACGGGAUCGAGAUGGAGGACUCGGAAGCCGUGGGAAUCUCGAACAUCAUCAGCAACCUGAUCACCAAUUUCCCGCGGAGCAUCAUGACGGCCCUGCCCAGCGAGCUCUUCUCCUCCUUCAUCACCUGCCUGACGGUGCUCACCUGCUCCUUCGGCCGCAGCGCCGCCCUGGAGGAAGUGCUGGAUAAGGACGACAUGGUGUACAUGGAGGCCUACGACAAGCUGCUGGAGUCGUGGCUGACGCUGCUCCAGGACGACGAGCACUUCCCCCGCGGCUGCUUCGUCCAGCCCGCCGUGCAGGUCUUCAACUCCUACAUCCAGUGCCACCUGGCAGCGCCCGACGGCACGCGCAACCUGACGGCCAACGGCGUGGCCUCCCACGAAGAGGAGGAGAUCAACGAGCUGCAGGAGGACGACCGCGAGCUCUUCUCCGACCAGCUGGCCAGCAUCGGCAUGCUGGGACGCAUCGCGGCCGACCACUCCAUCCCCCUGCUCACCAGUUUGUUGGAGGACCGCGUGACCCGACUGCACGGGCAGCUCCAGCGGCACCAGCAGCAGCUACUCGCCUCGCCAGGACCCGAGUCCGUCGACCGGAAGGUUCUGGAUGACCUCUACGAAGACAUCCACUGGCUCAUUCUAGUUACAGGCUACCUCCUGGCGGAUGACCCGCAGAGCGAGACCCCGCUAAUCCCGUCGGAGGUGAUGGAGUACUCCAUAAGCCACUCCACGGAGGUGGACAUCAACACCACGCUUCAGGUCCUGGGAUCGCCAGGCGAGAAGGCCUGCUCCAUCCCAGGGUGCAACAGGACGGACUCUGUCAUCAGGUUGCUCUCGGCAGUGCUGCGCACAUCGGAGGUGGAGUCCCGGGCCACCCGCGCCAGCCUGACCGAGCUGCUGAGCCCGCAGAUGGGCAAAGACAUCGUCUGGUUCCUCAAACGCUGGGCCAAGACCUACCUGCUGGUGGACGAGAAGCUGUACAGCCAGAUCAGCAUCCCUCUCAGCAUGGCCUUUGGGGCAGACACGGAAGGCGCCCAGUGGAUUGUGGGAUACCUGCUGGAGAAGGUGAUUAACAACCUGUCAGUGUGGAGCUCAGAGCCGGAGCUGGCCAAUGACACGGUGGAGCUGCUCGUCACGCUCGUGGAGAGGAGAGAAAGGGCCAACAUCGUGAUCCAGUGUGAGAACUGGUGGAACCUGGCCAAGCAGUUCGCCAGCCGCACCCCCCCGCUCAACCUGCUGUCCAGCUCGGUGCAGCGGACGCUGAUGAAGGCGCUGGUGCUGGGCGGCUUCGCGCACAUGGACUCGGACACCAAGCAGCAGUACUGGACCGAGGUCCUGCAGCCCCUGCAGCAGAGGUUCCUCAACGUGAUCAACCAGGAGAACUUCCAGCAGAUCUGCCAGGAGGAGGAGGUGAAGCGUGAGAUCAUCGCCACGCUGGAGGCCCUGUGCGGCAUCGCCGAGGCCACGCAGAUCGACAACGUGGCCGUGCUCUUCAACUUCCUCAUGGACUUCCUGUCCAACUGCAUCGGGCUGAUGGAGGUGUACAGGACCACGCCCGAGACGGUCAACCUCAUCAUCGAGGUGUUCGUGGAGGUGGCGCACAAACAGAUCUGCUAUCUGGGAGAGUCCAAGUCUAUGAAGCUGUACGAGGCGUGCCUGACGCUGCUGCAGGUGUACUCCAAGAACAACCUGGGCCGCAAGCGCAUGGACGUGACGGCCGAGGAGGACCAGUACCAGGACCUGCUGCUCAUCAUGGAGCUGCUCACCAACCUGCUGUCCAAGGAGUUCAUCGACUUCAGCGACACGGGCAGCGACGACGUGUUUCGGGGCCAGGAGCAGGGCCAGGCGGCAGGCCGGACGGUGUCGGCGGCAGACGUGGUUCUGUACGGGGUCAACAUCGUGCUGCCGCUCAUGUCACAAGACCUGCUGAAGUUCCCCUCCCUGUGUAACCAGUACUAUAAGCUCAUCACCUUCAUCUGUGAGAUUUUCCCAGAGAAAAUCCCCCAGCUGCCCGAGGAGCUGUUUAAGAGCCUGAUGUUCUCCCUGGAGCUCGGCAUGACCUCUAUGAGCUCAGAAGUCAGUCAGUUGUGUCUGGAGGCCCUAACGCCUCUUGCUGAGCAGUGCGCCAAGACCCAGGAGAAGGACACCCCUCUGUUCCUCGCCACCCGUCACUUCCUGAAGCUGGUGUUUGAUAUGCUGGUGCUGCAGAAACACAAUACAGAAAUGACUGUAGUCGCAGGCGAAGCUCUCUAUACACUAGUGUGCCUGCAUCAGGUGGAGUAUUCUGAGCUGGUGGAGACGUUGCUGUCCAGCCAGCGGGACGCGGUGAUCUACCAGCGGCUGGCCGACGCCUUCAACAAGCUGACGGCCAGCAGCACCCCUCCCAGCAUGGACCGCAAGCAGAAGGUGGCCUUCCUGAAGAGCCUGGAGGAGUUUGUGGCCAACGUGGGCGGCCUGCUGUGCGUGAAGUAA